AUGACUGUCCCUGACGAGGUUGAUAUCAUCGUGUGCGGAGGUGGCAGUUCAGGAUGUGUUCCUGCUGGACGUCUUGCCAACCUGGACCACAACCUCCAGGUCCUCUUGGUUGAGGCUGGAGAGAGCAACCUCAACAAUCCUUGGGUCUACCGCCCUGGUAUCUACCCCAGGAACAUGAAGCUGGAUUCCAAGACAGCGACCUUCUAUUACUCGAGACCAUCCGAGUGGCUUGAUGGCCGUCGAGCUGUUGUCCCUUGUGCCCAUAUCCUGGGUGGUGGCAGCUCCAUCAACUUCAUGAUGUACACCAGGGCGUCAGCUAGUGAUUACGACGACUUUAAGAUGAAGGGCUGGACCACCAAGGAGUUGAUUCCCCUUAUGAAGAAACACGAGACCUACCAACGUGCCUGCAACAACCGAGACAUCCAUGGCUUCGAAGGCCCGAUCAAGGUCUCUUUCGGCAACUACUGCUACCCAAUCAUGCAAGACUUCCUCCGUGCCGCUGAGAGCUUGGGUUUCCCAGUCACAGAUGAUCUUCAGGAUCUUGUCACUGGUCAUGGUGCCGAGCACUGGCUUAAAUGGAUCAACCGAGACACCGGUCGACGAUCUGAUGCUGCUCAUGCCUACAUCCAUGCUACUCGUGCCAAGUACCAGAACCUCCAUCUUCAAUGCAACACCAAGGUCGACAGAGUUGUGAUUGAGAAUGGCACCGCAGUUGGUGUCCUCACUGUCCCAACCAAGCCUGUCGGUGGCAAAGACAUGCCUCGUCGCUUCUUCAAGGCCCGCAAGCUGGUCAUCGUCAGCUGCGGUACUCUCAGCUCUCCUCUUGUGCUUCAACGAUCUGGUAUCGGUGACCCAGAGAAGCUCAGAAAGGCCGGUGUUAAGCCUGUCGUCGAUCUCCCAGGUGUUGGUCUCAACUUCCAAGACCACUAUCUCACCUUCUCCACCUUCCGUGCCACACCAGACACAGAGUCCUUUGAUGACUUUGUCCGAGGUGACCCUGAAGUCCAAAAGGCUGUCUUUGAGGAAUGGAACCUGAAGGGUACCGGUCCCUUGGCCACUAACGGUAUCGAGGCUGGUGUAAAGUCGCGACCCACGGAGGAAGAACUCGAGGAGAUGAAGAGUUGGCCCACACCAGACUUCAGCCCCAGUGGAUGGGAGAGCUACUUCAAGAACAAGCCUGACAAGCCUGUGAUGCACUACUCAGUCAUUGCUGGCUGGUUCGGUGACCACAUGGACAUGCCUCCUGGAAAAUUCUUCACCAUGUUCCACUUCUUGGAAUACCCCUUCUCUCGUGGUUUCACCCACAUCACCUCAGCAGACCCAUAUGAUGCUCCUGACUUUGACGCCGGCUUCAUGAACGACAAGCGUGACAUGGCGCCCAUGGUAUGGGGCUACAUUCAGUCCCGUGAGACUGCCCGUCGCAUGAGAGCCUAUGCUGGUGAGGUCACAGCAAUGCACCCACAGUUCGCCUAUGACUCGCCCGCGCGAGCACUCGACAUGGAUUUGGCGACUCGUAACGCCUAUGCCGGUCCCAACCAUCUGACUGCCAAUAUCCAACACGGUUCCUGGACUGCUCCUCUUGAGAGCGGCAAGAUCCCCCAGCCCAACUGGCUCAACUCCAACUGCCAGGAAGACCGCUCCGACAAGAUCAAAUAUAGGCCAGAGGAUGUUGCUCACAUCGAGAAAUGGGUUCAACGACACUGCGAGACUACCUGGCACUCCCUCGGCACUUGCAGCAUGGGCCCAAAGAACGGCAACAGCGUUGUCAAGCAUGGUGUCUUGGAUGAGAGACUCAACGUCCAUGGUGUCAAGAACUUGAAGGUCUCUGACCUUAGUGUCUGCCCUGACAAUGUCGGUUGCAACACUUUCUCGACUGCUUUGCUCAUCGGUGAGAAGUGUGCCGUCUUGUCUGCAGAGGAUCUCGGCUACAGCGGAGCUGCCCUGGACAUGAAGAUCCCAACCUACCAUGCCCCUGGUGAGAGCGUCGGUCUUGCUCGUUUGUAG